GCAAGACCCGACCCGAUCCGAAACAGCUUACACCCGUCAGAAGGCCAUCUUCAUCUCCCGACGAGAACGAGACGGACAGCAGAAAAACCCUUGGCUUUCUCUCUCCUCUCAGCAUCACCGGCUUGGACAAUCGACGGCAGUGACAGAGCCGCCUCGUUUGCUUACGAUGGCUCUACUACUCGGCGAGGACGGUCGGGGUUACGAACUCGCACGGAGACUGGAGAGCUGCGGCGCAUGGCGCGCGUGGCUUGGCGAUGCCGCCUAUGCUGCAUUUGCUCACUCUCUCUCUUCUGCUGCAGCCUGGGAUGCCUUCAUGUCCUCUUCAUCUGGAUCGCGUGCUCAGCUUCUGCUAAAGCUCCGUGCACGCGCUCUCCUGUUUGAUAAAGCUUCUGCAUCACUCUUUCUCAGGCCGUCCACCGCCAUGGUGGCGACGCAUAUCUCCAAUCUCAAUCCUUCUUAUCUGCAGUUGCAUGAAGACGAGAUUUAUUGCUCUUUAGAAGAUGAACAGCAUGAUGGAUUUCAACCCCAAACUCCAUCUAGGCCAGCAUACAGCCCCCAUAGAGCAAGCCAACAUUCUUUUGAGCUAGCAUCCAGCGUUGGAUCCAAAUACAAUGAUCACGAACAUUUAAAUACCUCUAAGUAUGAAGAUUUGCUUGAUAAAUGUUAUAUUCCAUAUGCUGAAAGAUACAGAAUGAAGAAUCUGAAGUUCCCUUUUGGUGAAAAAGAAUCACACAAGCGAACGCCUGAGGGAAUGUCUUUAUACUCCAGACUUCGUGAUAUACACAAGAGAAAGAGGCAAAUUUUUAAGGACCAUCCUCUACCCACUUUAGAUACGGGAUCUUCCAUUCAUUCAGAAGGCAUUUCAGAGAGGACUAAGCCAACUGAAGAAGUAAUUUCAUUCUUUCCUGAGAUCAUGUUUCCAGCUAACUGUGUGCCUGAAAGUGCUCUCCCACUGUUAAUCACAGAGAAAAAACUCAAGGUUGAAGUUUAUGGUGCACUUGAUAAUUUACCAACAGUUAUAAGCCCAAGUCCAGCAAUGAUGGAAAGAUUUGGCAUAAGGCCAGAAUACAUUAAAAUGGGAAACAAAUAUAGGGGAAAAGGCGGAUCUGAAGGGGAUAAGAGUCCUCUUAGUCAGGAGCAAGCAUCUCAAAUGGCCCACAAGGCGGUAGCUCGUUUGUUCACAAGUGUAGGUUUUGAAGGUGGAACUGAAGUCUCAAUGAAAAUUUUCUCAGAUUUUUUUAGUAGCCAUAUCAGUAAGUUAGGACGCAACUUAAAGCUUCUAACUGAUAACUACAAAAAGCAAGUUUCAUCUAUAGAGCUUCUCAAAAUGUUUCUGCAAAUCUCAGGUCAUGGAAAUCUAGGUACCUUGGCAGAAAUUACUAAAAAUAGUAGCAAGGUUGGCUUUACCCAUCAGACACAGCAAAUUGUUCGUCAACUUCCUUCACCGCAACAAAAUCCUCUUUUACAAGCCCAACAGUUUCAAAGGCAAAUGCAUCCCCAAAUGAAUUUGCUUCACCCACAAAAUAUAGCAUUUCAGCAGCAACAACAGCAGCAGCUACAACAACAACAACAAUGGGAUAAGUUGAGGCGUCGACAGGUAUCGGGGCGUGGUUCUGUAAUGAUUAUAGACAAGGAUCAGCCUUUGACGGAUGUCAAAAUCGAGAAUAUAGUGGAAGGACCUAUCGAUACAAACAGUUUCAAUGCCCUCAAUAAACAACAGAUGCAUUUGAGGCAACAACAGAUGGCUAUGGCAAAUCAUCCGACACAAUCUGGACAGCAUUUUAAACAACUUCAGUCUAUUCAGAUUCCUCAACUUCAAGCACAGCUGGCUCAGAAUACAUUUAAUAUGAGAAAUGUUCCGGUUAAAGUAGAAGCUUUCCAGGAACUAAUGAGUGGGGAUUCAACACUGAAGCUUGAACCUGAUCAGAACAAACUGAACCCUCCAACAAAGUAAGCAGGUGUUUUUUUAGGAUUUCGAUGAAGUGGAUUGAUCUAUCGCAUCUAGUUUAUUGUAAUAACCUCACAACUUAUCAAAAUGGUGUAUAUUUUUAUCGAUAGUUUUGUAAUACGAGUGUAUAUCUUUACUGGUGAUAGGCCUGAUCAUCUUCUAAUACUUGACGAAUAUAGCUUAAUUAUUUCAUUCUUACCUAAACUUGGGGCAGAAACUAUGAUUGUGCAUAAUAUCAAAACCCCAUUAAUAUGUGGGAUUGUAAAGUAAUAUUCAUACACCGAUAAUAUGUGAAUAGCU